AUGGACGCGCCAUUGUACCGGCUCGAGUACCUGUCGUUGGUGGGCAAGAUCGCGACGGAAGUCGAGAAUCAUGUGGGAAUCAAUGAUCGGGUGCUGGCCGAGUUCAUUAUUUCUCUUCAUGAUCAGUCGCCCUCGCUGAAGAAUUUUCAGAGCAAGCUCGACGAGGCAGGCGCGGAGUUCGGCGCAGCGUUUGUGGAGAAUUUGGACCGGCUCAUCCGGACACUGCACCCUAAGCACAAAGAGCACAAGGAGCACGAUGCGCAGCUCCAGCGCAUGCCGGGCCUGGCCAUUCGCGAUCGCGACUGGGCCGACGCUUCCGAUUACCAAGAUACCCCGCAGGAGCGCGAAGCUGCACGCAGAGCCGCACGCCGCCGCUUGGACGACGACGUAGACGAUAUGGACAGCAAAGUACCGUGCCGGCCACGGCGCGAUUCUGUGUCGCCGCGUGGCCGCGAUCGCGAGCCGCCAGCGCAUCUGCAGCGCGACGAGCAGCCCAUCGUCGGCAAAGUAUACCGCGGGCGCGUCUCUGGCGUCAAGGAUUUCGGCGCAUUUGUCACCCUUGAUGGCGUCGUGGGGCGGCAGGAUGGGCUCGUGCAUGUAAGUGCGAUGCGCGCGGGCCGUGUAGAGCAUCCUUCGGACAUUGUCUCGCGCGGCGACCAAGUCAGCGUCAAGGUGGUCUCUGUAAAUGGGAAUAGAAUUGCGCUCGCGAUGAAGGACGUUGAUCAAGUCACGGGCCGUGACUAUGCGCCGCAGCGCAGUGCACAAGCUCUUACCGGCGCGAACAGUGCGCCGCUCGGCGUCGUCGAAAAAGAUGCGCCGGCGCAGCGGCGCCCCAAACGGCUCACAAGCCCCGAGCGCUGGGAGCUCAUGCAGCUCAUCGCGAGUGGCGUUGCCAAGGCGAGCGACUACCCCGAGCUGAUGGAUCAAGAGCUCUCCACGCCCGCGACGCGCGCCAAAGGCAACGACCCCGACGAGGAGGUGGAGAUCGAGGUGCACGAAAAAGAAGCGCCGUUCCUCAAAGGCCAAACCGCCGCUUCCUUGGAGCUCUCCCCUGUGCGCGUCGUGAAAGCGCCCGACGGCUCGAUGAACCGCGCCGCACAGGCUGGCGCAUCGCUUGCCAAGGAGCGCCGCGAGCUCCGGCAACAGGAGCUUAACGAGCAGGCAGACGCGGAAAAACGCGAUACCUCUACGGGGUGGCUCGAUCCCAUGGCCCAGCAAGGCGACCGCCAAUUUGCCCAGGAUCUGCGCGGCAAUACGCUGGGGCGCCGCGCGCAGGAGCAGUCCGAGUGGAAGAAGCAAGCGUUUAACAAAAAGACGACUUUUGGCAAGAUUAGCACGCUCAGUAUCCAGGAGCAGCGCAAGAGCCUGCCGAUUUACAAACUCCGCGCGCAGCUAAUCCAAGCAGUAAGGGAGAACCAGGUGCUCAUUGUGGUCGGCGAGACGGGCUCGGGCAAGACGACGCAGCUCACACAGUACCUUGCCGAGGAAGGAUUUGCCGACCGCGGCAAGAUUGGAUGCACACAGCCGCGCCGUGUUGCGGCAAUGAGCGUCGCAAAGCGUGUUGCCGAAGAAGUUGGCUCGCGUGUCGGCCAAGAGAUUGGCUACACGGUCCGGUUCGACGACUGUACCAGCGCAGAAACACGGAUCAAGUACAUGACGGACGGAAUGCUCCAGCGCGAGUGUCUUGUGGACCGCGACGUGAGUGCCUACACCGUCAUUAUGCUCGACGAAGCGCACGAGCGCACAAUUGCCACAGAUGUCUUGUUUGGCCUUUUGAAAAAAGCGCUCCAACGCCGCCCGGACCUCAAACUGAUUGUCACGUCGGCCACGCUCGACGCGGAAAAGUUCAGCACCUACUUUUUUGGGUGCCCUAUUUUCACCAUCCCAGGCCGCACCUUUCCUGUGGAGAUUAUGUAUACCAAGGAGCCAGAGCCGGAUUACUUGGACGCGAGUCUCAUUACCGUCAUGCAGAUUCAUCUCUCCGAGCCCCCGGGCGAUAUUCUCGUCUUUCUCACGGGCCAGGAGGAGAUUGAUACCAGCUGCGAGAUUCUGUACGAGCGCAUGCGUGCGUUGGGGCCGUCCGUGCCCGAGCUCAUCAUCCUUCCCGUCUACUCGGCGCUGCCGAGCGAGAUGCAGACGCGCAUUUUCGAGCCCGCGCCGCCGGGCGCGCGCAAAGUCGUGCUUGCGACCAACAUUGCCGAGACCAGUGUCACGAUCGACGGCGUUUUCUACGUCGUGGACCCAGGGUUCGUAAAGCAGAAUGCCUACGAUGCGCGUCUCGGCAUGGACAGUCUCGUUGUCACGCCCAUUUCGCAGGCACAGGCGCGCCAAAGGGCUGGUCGUGCAGGCAGGACAGGCCCGGGUAAGUGCUACCGACUUUACACAGAGGCCGCCUUUCGCAACGAAAUGCUCCCGAAUCCUAUCCCCGAUAUCCAGCGCCAAAACUUGUCUUCCACGAUUCUCAUGCUCAAGGCCAUGGGGAUCAAUGACCUGCUCCACUUUGACUUUAUGGAUCCACCGCCGGCACAGACGAUGCUCACCGCACUCGAGUCGCUCUACGCACUCAGUGCGCUGGACGACGAAGGGUUGCUUACGCGCCUCGGAAGAAAAAUGGCCGAUUUUCCCAUGGAUCCCCCCAUGGCAAAAAUGCUCAUCACCAGCGUGGACCUUGGCUGCAGCGAGGAAGUGUUGAGCAUUGCCGCGAUGCUCAGCAUCCAAAACGUCUUCUACCGCCCCAAGGACAAGCAGGCACAAGCAGAUGCAAAGCGCGCUAAGUUUUUCCAGCCAGAGGGCGACCACUUGACGCUCUUGACAGUGUACAAUGCAUGGGUCUCGAACAACUUUUCCAUGCCUUGGUGUGUAGAUAACUUUAUCCAGGGCAGGGCGUUGCGGCGCGCACAGGAUGUGCGAAAGCAGCUGCUGGGGAUCAUGGACCGCUACCACCAUGAUAUCAUCUCCUGCGGCCGCAACUACAAUCGCAUCCGCCGCGCGAUUUGUGCAGGCUACUUCCGCAAUGCCGCGAAAAAAGAUCCGCACGAGGGAUAUCGCUCGCUCGCAGAAGGCGGAGGGAAUGUCUACUUGCAUCCGUCGAGCAGCUUGUUCAACCGUCCGUCAGAGUACGUGGUGUACCAUGAAGUCGUCAUGACCACAAAAGAAUACAUGCGCGAAGUCACGGCCAUCGAGCCGAAAUGGCUAUUGGAGGUUGCUCCGCGCUUCUUCCGGUCCGCGGAUUCGGCAAAUAUCUCGAAGCGCAAGCGCCAGGAGAAGAUCAAGCCGCUCUUUAACAAAUACGCCACGGACCCAGACGAAUGGCGCAUCUCUAAGCAGCGGGCCAAGGCGAUAUGGACAAACGACCAAAAGUUUUAG